AGCAGUUCGACAUCUGCCUUUCUCACCCAGAGGAAACAUGAAGCUGCUCAUACUGGUGGCACUCUUUGGGCUCAGCCUUGCCCAACACAACCCGAACACUAAGCAUGGCAGGACUAGCAUUGUUCAUCUGUUUGAGUGGCGAUGGGCCGAUAUUGCGGAAGAGUGUGAGCGCUUCUUGGCUCCCAACGGCUUCGGAGGUGUUCAAAUCUCCCCCCCUCAUGAGAGCAUCGUGCUGAACAACCCCUGGAGGCCAUGGUGGGAGAGGUACCAGCCAAUCAGCUACAACCUGUGCUCAAGAUCCGGUACUGAGAAUGAGCUGAGGGACAUGAUCACCAGAUGCAACAAUGUCGGGGUGUACAUCUAUGUGGACGCGAUCAUCAACCACAUGUGUGGUGCUGGAGGUGGAGAGGGUACUCAUUCCAACUGUGGAACCUACUUCAGCGCUGGCAAGAAAGACUUUCCCUCUGUUCCUUACAACCACUGGGACUUUAAUGACAACAAGUGUAAAACCGGCAGUGGAAACAUUGAGAACUAUGGUGAUCCUUACCAGGUACGUGACUGCCGUUUGGUGAGCCUGCUGGACCUGGCUCUGGAGAAGGACUAUGUGAGAGGCAAGGUGGCCGACUACAUGAAUAAUCUCACUGAUAUGGGAGUGGCUGGCUUCAGAGUGGACGCAUGCAAGCACAUGUGGCCUGGUGACCUAAGCGCAGUGUACGGUCGCCUUCAUAACCUCAACACCAAGUGGUUUGCCAAAGGAUCCAGGCCUUUCAUCUUCCAGGAGGUUAUUGAUCUCGGUGGUGAGUCCAUAAAGGCCAGCGAGUACUUCCAUCUUGGCAGAGUCACUGAGUUCAAGUAUGGUGCAAAACUGGGAGGAAUCAUACGCAAAUGGAAUGGGGAGAAGCUGAGUUACACCAAGAACUGGGGCGAGGGCUGGGGCUUCAUGCCAGAUGAUAAGGCUCUUGUGUUUGUUGACAACCAUGACAACCAGAGGGGACACGGAGCUGGUGGGGCUGCCAUUGUUACCUUCUGGGAUCCUAGGAUGCACAAAAUGGCUGUUGCCUACAUGCUUGCCCACCCCUAUGGAGUGACCAGGGUGAUGUCUAGCUUCCGCUGGAACCGUAACAUUGUCAAUGGAAAGGAUACAAAUGACUGGAUGGGCCCCCCCAGUCAUAGUGAUGGAUCCACCAAACCUGUUCCCAUCAAUCCUGACCAAACCUGCGGAGACGGAUGGGUGUGUGAGCACAGAUGGCGUCAGAUCAAGAAUAUGGUGAUCUUCCGUAAUGUGGUCAAUGGACAGCCCCAUUCCAACUGGUGGGACAACCAGAACAACCAGGUCGCCUUCGGACGUGGCAACCGUGGAUUCAUCGUCUUCAACAACGAUGACUGGAACCUGGAUGUCACUCUGAACACUGGCAUGCCGGGUGGCACCUACUGUGAUGUCAUUUCUGGCCAGAAGGACGGAGACAGGUGCACCGGGAAGCAGAUCACUGUUGGGGGCGAUGGCCGCGCCCACUUCAAGAUCAGUAACCAAGAUGAGGAUCCCUUCGUAGCUAUUCAUGCUGACUCUAAGCUGUAAAUGUUCAUGUAAUGAUCAUUGAAAACAAAGCUUACAAUAAAUAACAUCACUAAC